AUGUAUUUUAAAAUUUUUUAUGAGAAAUUUAAAAAUGAGUUUACCUACCUCCGGGAAGAAAAUGAAGAGUUACCUGACCUCUUAACGUGUGACAAGCCAAAUUCGAUGGAAAAUGAUACAAUAGUUCGAAGGAUACCAAAAGUAAUUCUGCAGCGGGUUGAAGAACAGAACGCAGAGUACACGAAAGAAAAUAAUAUUCAUGUGAAAGUAGAAAAAGUGAGAAACAUGUUUAUUAACGCAAAUAAGUGUACAUAUGAAAUGAUAAAAUGUAAGAUGGAUGGGAAAUUUUGGAAUUUUUUAUUAUCCCAUUAUAUUGAAAAAGACAUAAAAAUCUCGAGUAAUUCUUGGCUUUUUAAUGAGUAUUAUUUUUACCAAUAUAUAAAUUGUGCUUAUGAUUUUGAAAAUUCCAAUUAUGAUGUUUUUCAAUAUGAAAAAAAUGAUUCAAUAAAUUGUAACAGACCAGUAAUAGAAGAAAUAUGUACAUGUGCAAAGAGGUUAAUCGAGAUAUAUAAUAGAAAUGAAGAAAAAAAAAUUUUUUGUAUCUUUUUUUAUUUUGCAUUAUGGUCAAAUCAAUUUGAUCUCAGUUGGAACCCCACGAAAAACAAAACAGAACAACAUAAGACGGAUGAAAAGGACAUAAAGAACAAAACGUUAAGGGAAAAACAAUUUUACUUCAAUGUAGAUAAUAUUGACAAACUGCACAAUAGUUUUUAUUUGGAAAAUAUACUAUCUAAUGAUGUAGAUGAUCUUUACAAAGAUAUAGCUACACCGGCCAUGAAAUGGAAAAGGUUCGACAUAGUUUUAGACAACAUGGGUGUUGAGUUCAUAACGGACUUAUGCCUUUUAUAUUUUCUAACUCGUUACUUUGACGCAGUUACUAUUCACGUGAAGAAAUGCCCGCUCUUUGUAUCAGACACAAUGGCAAAGGAUGUUCAUUACGCGCUAGAUCGUCUAUGUUCCGAUGAACGGUACCCCAACACGGUGUUUAUGGCCAAAAUGUGGAAGGAGUUAAUAAACGCGCAGAAGUGGAAAAUUAGGGAUGAUAUAUACUGGAAUAUGCCCCUGCCAUAUUGGGUUAUGUCUACGAGUUUACUGGAUGAGCUAAAACAAAGUAAUUUCGUUUGUUUCAAGGGUGAUGCAAAUUAUAGGAGGUGCUUAGGAGAUUUAAACUUCAACUUUUCGGAACCCCACAAAAAUGUAUUGGGUUAUUUUCCCUUCAGAGUUAUCGCGUUACGCUGUUUGAAGUCCCCCUUGUGUUGCGGCGUUGAAAAAAGCAUUGUUGAGGAGUUGAAUAAAAGAAGCAGCGACUGGAGUAACUACGGCGAAUAUGCCAUUUUGCAGUACUUUUCACCCUAA